AUGAGCGCCAUGGGUCACGACAUGAGCUCCAUGGGCGGAGGCUCCGCAUCCGGCGGAGCUGACACCUCCAGCCCCAGCUACGACCCGGAUUCUCCUUCCACCAGUAGCAGCAGCACAUCUGGCGGAAGCAUGUCGAUGAUGAUGAUGCAGAUGUGGUUCUACUGGGGCCCGAACGUGAUUAUAUUGUUCGAGAGUUGGAAAACGAGCAGUUGGGGUUUCUAUCUGCUCGCGUGCUUCCUCGUCGUUGUCUUCUGCGUGCUUCACGAGUUCCUCACGUCGUUCCGGCUGAAGCUGUCCGCCACUCGCCGAUGCCGCGUGAAGGACGCCGAGCAAGGCAGCACCAACAAGGUCCCCUCAUCGAGCAGGAUACGAGCUAAGUGGCUCCUUCUCCCUCCUCCCUCUCCCUCCCUGUUUCUCUCCCUCAUCGCUCUCCUCCCUCUCUCCUCCCUCUCCUUCGUCCUCUCCCUCUCCCACUCACCUCUCCCUUCCAGUGCCGAUGACACCGACGCCGCCAGCAGCAAGAAGGCCUGCCUCUGGCGAUCCCUCCUUGAGCAGGAUGCGAGCUAA